AUGGUUCCGACGCCCCGCCACAAAGGCAGAGGACGCGGCAACGGUCCUCCUACGCCGGGCUCUGCGACAAAAGUACGGCUUGAUGGUCAUUUCCUCGACGGCGAGUGGUACUGUAACUGCGAACCCCGUGAGCAAGCAAAGCAUAUACAAGUCAAGAAACCCGAAUCGGAGUACAAGGAUCGCUGGUUCUACCGUUGUCCUAAGGACAACUGCCGUUUCUGGCUGUGGGAUGACGAUGCGAAGCGUCGCGAGAAUGGGGCGCCCAGCAAGACCAUCCUGACGAGCGAGGUGGAGAGGGAGAGGGCAGAGGAUGUCCAGAUCAAGACGCCGAGCAUGACACAGCGGCGCUUGACAAACUAUGGUAUCAAGGUCACCCCGGGACAGAGGAGAGCUAGCGACGCGACCACGACGGCAAGUGAGAGCGGCGGCGAGUCACCCACGAGAGACAUGGGCAAACGCAAACGCAAAGGCAAGAGGAAGCGGAUCGAGGAGGAAGAUGAGGAUGAGGAUGGGAAUGAGGAUGAGGACCUCCUUGGUCCCAUGGACUCGGAUGAAGAGCGGGCCAUGGCCGCGCUCGCGGAGCAGCCGCCUCAAGGGACAACGCCCCAGACACCUGCCGCCACGACGAGAAUGACACACGGGCUGCCGACGCCGGGUACCGCGAGGACGCUGUUCCCCCUUUCCAAGAUGAAACGGACAGCCUCUUUCGAGGAGGAAGAUACCUUCACCACGCCGACCAAGCCCACAACGCAAAGCUCGAGUGCCACCGUGGUCGGCAACCCGUCAGUACACCCCGAGACGCCGGAGAAGGAGCAUGACUCUGCCGCCCAAGUCAUUGACCUCCUCCGCCCGAUCAAGGACAUCAAGCCAGAGAUCCUCGCCUCCGUCAAGGACAUUAUCGACGCCGCAGAGAGACGGGCGCAGGGCGUGGCCAAGGGGCGGGACGUGCUGCGGUCGCAGAUCCGCGAGAAGGACAGCAAGAUCGCCAGGAUGCAGGAGACGAUUGCGGCGCUUGAAAACAAGGACCGGCUGCAGCACGCGCAGAUUGAGAAGAUGAAGAAGGAGAAGACGGAGAUGAAGGCUGAUCUGAUGAGGUUCUAUCAGAAGCACUGA